AUGUCGGCCCCGUACCAAUUUACUCCUCGGAUACCCUCAGCGCCCCACUCUACGCCUUUUUCUGCUUCUUCUCACAUGAACUCAAAAACAAGCGUUCUUCGACCUCCAGUUCAUAAUCCGUUUGACAAAUUCACUCAGCCCGAGUUUGACGCGUGGAUUGGUGGCAUCACAGGAGCAUUGAAACGCGCUCUUGGCCAAGACGACGAGGAACUAGAUUCAAACGACCAUAGCUUGAAUAAAUCUCGCAACCUCAUUCGAUCUCGACCAGAGCUUCAACACUAUAGGGACGUUGAUGAUGAUGCACUAUAUGACGAAACUAUGGACGACUCAUUUGCUGAAAUCAAAGCCAGGCGGGCCGCGGGCAAGGGCAAGGCGCGCGAUCCUCGCGAAGGACCUGGAUUAGGCAAGGGAAAUAGCAUGCAGCCUAUUGAAAUCGUGUCAUCUGACGAAGAAGAUGCCGAAGAAGCUGCAGAGGUCGAAUUGUCAGUGGCUGUCUUGGAAGACAGUGACGAGGACCAAAGUCCAGGGGAACAAGAAGAGGGAGAACAUUAUGAAGAACCUUACUCUGGAGACAUGGGACAACCAUCUUCACGAUAUCUUCAGUCAAUUGAUCAAUCUUCGAGGGCAAAUGAUGUGGCUACUGAAGAAGAGGAAUAUGUUAGCGAAGACGAGGAAUACGAGGAGGGACUUGAUCAUGAAGAAGGAGCUGAAUAUGAGGAAUUUGACGACGACGAAGAAUAUGAUAAUGAGGAAGAAUCAGAACCUCCCCGUCCCGCAAAAGCGGUAGUCGACGAAAUCAUAGAGAUAGACUCGGAUAGUGAUGGAGAGGUUGAUGAUGAAGAGUUGUCGGAAGAAGAUCAGCCUUCUUCCCUUCAUAAAACUAGAAAGAAACCCCUUGAAGACGAGGAGGAGGAGGAAGGUGAAGAGGGCUCUGGCGGAUACGACGAGUAUGAUGAAGAAGAAGAGCAAGCGCUGGAGCGAGAAGAACGACCUGGGACAUCCCAACUUUAUCUUCGUCAGCAAAUUCGACAUUCUCCGGACACCCAAUAUGAAGAUGACGAAGGCGACGACGUGGUUGAUGCUGAUGCCGAAGCCGAUGAAGAAGAAGAUGACGAGAUACAGGAAAUACAACCUCCCCAAAACGAUACUUCAUUCCCUCCAAAAUCGUUCACGAAUCCAGAUCAGGACAGACACAUCGAGCUCCCAGAUCGAUGGGAAGGUCCACGUACUUAUGCGGAAGACUAUUAUUCAGGUGGAGAUAUUCGUAUUCCUACAGGGGCUAAACUAGAUGCCCACCAUCUAGGACCGCUUGACGGAGAAACCGAAGCUAAUAUCCGUCGAGAGGCAAGCAUUGAUUCUAGCAUGGAGCAGCGAAAUGAGGAUGACACUUCUUUUCCCCCACACGAUAUCCGUCUCGAGCGCCCCGUUGACAUUGUUGAUCCCUGGGAAAGUUCUCGCAUAUAUGCUCAAGAUUUCUAUGCAGGUGGCUCAAUCCACUUACCACGAGGAACGCAUACUUCUGCCCACUAUAUGGGGCCGAUGGAUGUCGACUAUGUUGAGCAACUCAAAUCAAACACUGCGCCUAAGCAUCCUAGUGAAGAAACUCAGCCACCCAGCGAUAAUACAUCUUUCCCUGACGGAAACACAAAUGAAGACAUCCCUGUUGAAAUUCAGGACCCCUGGACCGGGCCACAGACAUACGCAGAAGAUUAUUAUUCCGGUGGGGAAGUUCGUGCGACGCCUGGUGUUCCUGUAGAUCCAGCCCUCCUUUCAGGUACACAUGGAGUAGAAGACGAUAUUGACAAUUUUUUGACGCCAGGUGCCCUUACUCCAAGUCAGGGGCCCUCAGAAGAGAACACGGAGGGUGUUUAUGACGACGAAGUGGAUGUAAGAGAGGAUAGGGAUGAAGGAACUAUUUUGCCUCCCUCGACCAAUCUGUUUGUUCCUCCAUCGCAAAGCCGUCCAAUUCCUACAGACGCAGAAGUCAUUGCUGUAGAUGAUUCAGACAAUGAAGAAGACCAUAGUUUGUCUCCUGCUAAUCAGGAACAUGCAGCUGUGGGGAGCUUUUAUAAUUUCCGGCAUUCCCCAGUUCAUGAAGGACCACACAAACAAGGUCAAGCAUGUGAGGAAGCGUCGCAUGAAUUGGAUGAACUCAACGAAGACAUUCCCAUGGCCUUGUCUAAUUCCUAUGAUAGCAAAGAGCCAGAAGCCUCUGCGUCUGACAGGAAUUUCGAAGCGGAAACAGGAGAAAGCCAAUUACAACCCUCCAAAAUUAAACCCGAUAUUUUUCAUGAACAAUCAGAUAACAAUGUUACUUUAGAAGGGCACAGGCAAUUGAACCCUCGUCCAUUGGGAGCUGAUAACGUAGAUUCAAAAAGACGUUCGCACGAAUUGAUGGCGACGGAAAGUGCCCCUCGAAUGGAGAUGACCGACUCAACCUCUAAGGACCCGCCUGCAGAAGUGGAUAGCAUUCGUCAUAAAACCCAGGUGGACUCCGAAACACCGCAAGAAAGAGAGGGCGCAGGCCAUACAGAGGCAGAGACGGACCCUUCUGGAGUCGAUGAAGUAGCCACUGAAGGCGAUUUUGGAGCCGAUUCAGAUAUUGACUCAAUGCUUCGAGCCCACGAACCUUCCACUGCUACUAUAACUGAUAUGCAGAGACAUUUAGCCACUGUCGGAAAUAUUGAGGGCAAUGAUGAAGACAUUCGCUCAACUCCUGGCCUUGAGGACAUGGGCGAUUCAUCAACCUCUGCUAUUCCAAUCACCUCCGAAUUGGAUUUUCCUGACACGCAACCUUUGGCGCAAUUUUCAGAGAUAGAGGGAGAAAGUAUACCUGUUGAUGAUCAGGUAGAAAUUGAAAGCUCUCAUGACUUUAUUCCUAGUUUAUCUUCCCGCAAAGUUUUCGAACCCCUUCAGACUGAGGGAACCGCUGAAAUGAGUAAAGAGAGCAUAUCAAGCGUUCCACUUUCGCAAGGAAACAACGCGACUCCUUUGGGUGCUGAUGUCGACGCCGAUGGCGAGGUUGACGAUGGAUAUGGUCUUGAUGACAUUGACGUUCAGUCUACGAUGAGCGAAGGAAAAUCGAUCAGCAAAGAGAUCUUCAUCGUAGAUGAAGCGAAGACGGAAGGUCGUUUGUCUGUGGAGCCUACAGAUUUCGGAAUGAACAUCGAUGUUGUCAGCAUUGCUUCUCAGGAAGAUAUAGAUGGCCACAAUGACGUUGAAGCAAAUAGCGUUGGUUCAGAAGGAACGUCACCAGUCGCCGAAGUACCAACUUUGCACGUCGAAAACACUACUGCAAUUUCUACAUCAGAAUCUGGUGUCCAGUCUAGUCAACUAUCUUCUAUCCCUACUCUCACCGACCCAAGUGUCCCCAACUCUUUGCAUCCUAAUGUCGAUUUUAGUCAACAUUCGGAAGCGACUUCGAUGACAACUCGUACAGCGAUUAACGACGAAUUUGCAUCAGACGCUAAGGUUGUCACCGCAGUUGAUGCAGACAUCCUCAACUCAACAAACCACACAAUAGCUUAUCCCAAGAACAUCUCCGUUGGUGGCCAAAAUAUCGAAUCCUCCAUUUUCACUAUUUCUCCAACACUACAACAGGAACCCGCGACAGCUCCUUCAGUGUCCAGCGAUGCCGGGGCCCCGGCAGACGAAGCAUCAAGCCCAGCGCCUUCUGAUAUUGUCAGUGAGGCAGCGACCCCUUCGUCCAUUCCCCACCGUGCUCCCUCUGUUUCAAUGAAGAUGACGUUGGCGCGAAAAGCUACUGACCCUAUUUUGAUGGCGGAUCCUUAUCCUUACUGUCUUUCUACACCAGGCCCUUCCACGUAUCACUUGAAUGAAGAUGACGGAGCAGAGGUUGCAUUCCAGUAUCCUCCGGAACCAGAAACUCUUCUCGAACAACAAAUAAAUAGGCAACUUACAAACAUUGGCCAAGAUACUAGCCUUACAUCACUGUCAUCUGCAUUUGUCACGGAAGGUUCGAUAACCAAGAGAAAGAGGACAAUCUCUCCAGAACCUUUACAGAAGUCGGGAGCCUCACCAAGACCGCAGAAAGCGAAAGGAAGGAAAGGUCCCAAGCCCGAUCGCAAAGGAAAAGGUCAUGCAAUCAAGGUGGUUAUGCCCGAACCAAACAACGAGGAAACGAUCGUCGUCAAACCCAGGCAAAGCGCCAAAAACCGUGAACCAAAUCGAGCAGCAUCUGUAGUUUCAAUCCAAGAAAGCCAAAUUAGCUCUGGUGCGAGUGCAACGUAUAAACUGCUACAGCCAAAUUCCCGCUCGUCCUCUGUAUCAUCAAUUGUUCAAGAAAGCAGAUCACUGAUUAAUCAACCUUCACCUACCGCUACUAAACCUAAUAUUUUUUAUCCAGCACCUGUCGUUAAUCUGGACACACUAUUCCAUGCUCACGGGCAAAAAAAGAAGACAUUGGCUCUUGCAGCACUUCAUUCUUCCUCUCCACGAUCUCAGCCUAAAAGGCCCCAACCAUCCCGUUUACCUUCUUCGUCAACUAUGCCUGAUGUUCAAUCUCCAACAAUCUCCACACCUACCCCAACUGCAAUUUCGCCACCUCUCCCGCCAGUCAACCUUGAUGUGCCUGCUGUGAAAUCCGAGACACCUGACACGGCAAAAACAAGCAUUUCCGUCAAGACGGAAACAUCAAGUGCGAAAGCAGAUUCACCUACAAAAACCACAACUACGCCUUUACGAUCUAAUUUUUCAACACCUGUUACUCGAUCUCAUUGUCGUUACCACAGAAUCAGUCUUCCUAGAGAAGAAGGCGGUACUCGCAUCAAUUUCCUUGUUCCUGGAUGUUCUCUCAAUGACAGGGAACUCAUGGAAGAAGAAGAGAUCGUUGAUCAUGGAGACGCUACAGUGGAUGAUAGUCGUAACAUGCUCAAAGAUAUUGAAAACCUGGGAUUUAGUUUGGAUCUCAUUGGCAUUAUCAGACAGUUGGUUGGACUAGACAUUCUUCGUGAACAAGAGGUGUUCUAUCUGCCCCAUCCUGGAGAGGUUGUGACUUGGAAAAAGCCUCUUCUGAACAAAACAGCGUCGGAAAAGGCAGCAAUGGUCAGGGCUCCCGGAGAGGGAUCUAGUCAGGCAGGGUCUCCUGGUGGUUAUUCCGGACCAGGUAUCAUUGUUCCUUUAUCGAAACGCCAUUCUGUAUCUCGUUCAUCCUUUUCUUCAACUCCUUCGCUCGACUCGAAUUAUCUCCGUCGCUCCGCGCCUUCUUCCAAAGCCGAUCACAGCGAUGAAGAGGAGCCUGCUGCCAAACGGACAAGGUCCUCUCCAGACGAAUCCAGUGAGGUUGGUGCGCCAGAGUCGCAAUCAAAGAACCGAACCUUGAAAAGCAGAAGAAGCAAAAGGGUCGACCUCAAUUAUGAACCCGCUGAAGAUGAGCCAGAGGAAUCAGAUGGAGAGAUCGUCUCUUCUAGAAAACGUCGUAAACCUGCCCGGGGAGUUAAGCGAAGCAGAGUCAGCGAAGUCCUUCCUACAGGUGUACAAGAUGAGGAACGUGAAGUGAAAAAGUUAAAAUCAGAUGCGACAAAUCCCGCUGAUACUGAAUCCCAGUCUGCCUCCGUUGAUAUACCAACAACCGAGCGUUCGUAA